UACUCCAAAUCAGAGAUUGAAAACACAAAAACAUGCACGGAGGAGGAAUGAUGAUGGUUUCUGGUAGUGGCUAUGGCCAAACACAUUUUGGAGGAGGGCGCCCAGAAAGCAGAAUGCGAGACCAUUUAAGUGAAAAUGUGAGGAGGAUGAGACAAAUUCAGAGACAGUCUAAAGAGAGAGAAGCCAGUGCACAUCAACCAGUCAAAGCACUAUGGAAAUCAGAAAAAUACAGUGGAAUUACAUCAAAAAUUAAAGAUGACAUACAGAGGCCUCCAUCUGCUCCAAGGCCUAAGUCAGCUAAUUUCCUCCGAGCACACUCAAGAAAUGGUCCCUCUGUAAAAAAUGUUUCUCGUCCUUGUACCCCAGACCCACCAGCAGAGAAACUUACUGUCCCUCCAGCCAGAUGUUCCAGUGAGAUUAAAUUUCAUAGAAAUAACUUAGACUUUAUCAAAAUCAAUGGAAUAUCAGCAAAACACCAGAUGAUGAAGAGAAGUCCCAGUGUGAAUGCUUUGGAUGAGUUAAAAAAGAAAGAGGAAGAAGAAUAUGGCAAGCAUCAGAGAGGAGAGGUUCCGAAAUACCUAAAAGUACGCAAAGACCAGUGGAAGAAAGAAGAGAAGGACAGGAUAGCUAACACACCAGACCCAGAGAUGCCUCCCGGUCAUCGACUACUGCCCGAGAAAGAACGUCAAGAAACUCUCAAACUUCUACUCAUAAAGGAAAAAGAACUAGUGAAUGAACUGAGUGCUCUCCCUCUACGUAUGGACACUUUUAGAAUCCGCUCACAAAAGCAAGAACUAGAGGGUAAAAUAGCCGAGAUUGACGAGGCCAAGAAAAUAUUCAACCGUCCCAAGGUGUUUGUGAAAGUCGACAGUUAAAGUAUUAAAACCUGUAAAUACCUGUAAUGUGAUACUGACUGAAAUAUUUGUUUCAAUUUUGAAGCAUUUGUGUAAAGGCAUUCCUUUUAUGUAUAGAUACAUUUGUAGAUGAUGUAUUUUACAUUGAUUUUGACCUGCUGAUAUGAUUUAUUCCUUGAUGAUUGUUAUAUUAUCAUUU